AUGCCCGUUCUUAAGCCCCUCUCGGGUGACGGCGAAGCGCCGCAGCAACGCAAACAGCCUUCAAGAAAGGGAAAGAAGGCGUGGAGGAAGAACGUCGACGUCUCUGAGGUGCAAGAAGGUCUCGAUGAGUUGAACACACAGAUUAUCGCCGGUGGCGUCGUCGCCGAAAAGGAUUCGGCAGACCUCUUCACCCUCGAUACGGUCGGCAAAGUCGAAAAGCGCCCCAAGCCGAAGAAGACGCUCAAGUCCGACGAGAUCCUUGCCGCUCGCUCCUCCGUUCCCGCCGUCUCCUCCCGCAAGCAGAAGCGCGACGCCGAAACCGCCCUCUCAAAGACCUCGGACGGCCUCCUCCCCGUCAAGCGCCUGCGCACCGAUUGGGUCUCCCACAAGGAACUGAGCCGCCUCCGCCGCGUCGCGGACGGCCACCAGGAGGAAUCCACCGCCCUAGUACCCCAGGAAGCGACCUACGAUCUCUGGGGCGCCGCGCCCUCUGCCUCCAAGGCCGUAGCAGCAGCAAGCAAGACCAGCAAAGACAACUUCCUCCCCGCCGAACAAAAAGCCAAGCCCCCCAAGACCCUCAAACACGCCCCCAUCUCCCUCACAGCCAGCGGCCGCCAGCUUCCCGCCGUCGUCAAGCCCACGGGCGGAUACUCCUACAACCCGACCUUUGACGACUACGCCGACCGACUCGAAGAAGAGGGCGCCCGCGCCGUCGCCGCCGAAGAAGCCCGCCUCGCCGCCGAGGAAGCCGACCGCAUCAAGCGCGAGGCCGUCGCCAAGUCCGCCGCCGAGGCCGACGCCGCGGAAGCGCGCGCGCAGCUGUCCGAAUGGGACGAGGAUUCCGCGUGGGAAGGAUUCGAGAGCGGCGUCGAGGGCGAUGACAAGCCCACGACCAAGAGACCCCAGCGCAAGACGCCGCAGCAGAGGAACAGGAUCAAGCGCCGCAAGGAGGCGGAGCGCGAGGCCAAGCACCAGCUCGCGCUAAAGAAGAAGGCGGCGCAGGCAGAGCGGAUCAAGGAGAUAGCUGCCGAGAUUGCGGGCCGCGACGCCUCCAAGAGCGCGUUGGCGCUGGCUAAAGAGGUGGGCGAGGGGAGCGACGCCGACGACGACGACGAGGAUAUCGUGGACGAGGGGCGGCUGCGGAGGAGACAGCUCGGCAAGAUGAAGUUGCCCGAGAAGGAUUUGGAGCUGGUCCUACCCGAUGAGCUGCAGGAUUCGCUGCGGUUGUUGAGGCCUGAGGGUAACCUGCUCAAGGACCGGUACCGUAGUCUGCUUGUCCGCGGUAAGGUGGAGUCGAGGAGACAUAUCCCGUUCAAGAAGCAGGCGAGGGCGAAGCUUACGGAGAAGUGGUCUUACAAGGACUUCAGGAUCUAG